UCCUCCUCUUCCUCCUCCUUCCCCAUCGCCAUUUGCACGGUACAAAAGCAGGCAUCCGAGCAGGAUAUCGCACUUGGGUUUGCCGCACGUUCUUCAAGCUCCCGGAUGACGAGUUGAAUGGUCUCUGUACCAGAGGGCGCGCCAGAGAGAGCGGGCGGUUUGAUUUGACCCGGGACUACUUCGCUUCUCUUCAGCAGGGUGGCUUUCCUUUCCUUGUUACUUGCUGAACUAGCAAUUUCGCACUUGAACGUGCAAUUUCAACUAGCGAUUUCGCACUUGAACGCAGCGACGUUAUGGCCGAGAGGAAAGUGCAUCCGGAUUGCGUAAACGCCUCCAAUCCGUAUCACGAGUGCGUCGAAGCUUGCUUGAAAAAGAUAGCCGAAGGACAGACGACAAAGAAGUUGUCUAAGAAGAAUUCCGGAUCCUUCAUCGUCUUUCUUCCCAGAAAACUCAGCAUGACGAAGAAAAAGGAAUUGGAUCGGAAGCCCUCCAACGAAUCCAUCCUGAAGAAUUUCAACCUCUCCGAUAACCUAUCCCCGAAAGAUCUGUCUUUCAAGAAGGUGGAGUCAUGGGAUGCCGAACUCAUGUUUCCAAGGGCUCGUUUCAAAGCAAAUGAACUUAAAGAUUCAGGAGACCUCCAAUCUCCUUCUUCUGAGCCUCCGCAAAAGCCCUCGAAGCAUGAAAAAUCUCUUAAACAAUCCAAUCCUACAGAGCUCGAUGAAGACAAGGUGGAUUCCGCUGCAAUUGACCGCACUGCAGAACAUGGAAGGGAUGGGGCAUUUGGGUCCAUGGCUUCCACUAUCACGGCUGUUGACCAUCCUUCUGAAGCGAGCGACGAGGUUAAUGAGCAAGACCACGAACCCGUCGUUUCUGAUUCACACAUCCUCAGUAAGUACCGUGUGCAAGAAAGCCUCUCCCCGGUCCUGAAGUCAGUUAUUGCCAAGUAUGGAGAUAUAGCAGCCAACUGCCACCUCAAGUCGGCUGCGAUGCGCUCUUACUUUGUAGAGUGCGUCUGUUCCGUGAUCCAAGAGCUGCGGUGCACCGAGAUCUUGCAGCUGAGCAAGUCGAAAAUCAAAGAGAUGCAGGCCAUUGUUAGGGAUGUGGAAGCUGCAGGGAUCGAUGUGGGCUGGCUCCACGACGUGCUAGAUGAGAUUGCCGAAGCGAUUGAGCUCAAGAAGCAGUGCCGUGAAAUCGAGGUCAUGAAGAGAAACCGUGAUGCAGACAUAGGAUCAACUAGGCAAGAGCUGGAACUUCAAUUGGAAGAUUUGGCCGAGAAGGAGAAGGCAGUGGAAGCUGCCAAGGCGCGAGUUGCCGAAACCAGGGCCCGGCUCAGCGUGCUCGAGCAAGAAUCGUCUAAAUUGCAAGAAACAAUGCUUUCCAUCCAGUCUAAGGCCGAUAGCGUCAACUGCAAAUCAUUGGUAGCUGAAAUCUUGUAAGCUAGAAAAUGGUAACUGCUUUGAGGACAUCCUCGAGUACCUUAUGUGUGUCCAAUUUGCUAGUUGUUGAAGCAUUACUACUGUACAUGAUGACAUUUUAAUCGUAGGGUGCGUAGUGUGUGUGUUUGUUUGAGUGAGAGAAUUUUUUAUGAAUUAGUUUUUGAAAC